GCUUAAACAAUUGCCGGUCGAGCUGGUCCAGACCUGUUCCUUCAACGUCACUCUACAGUCUAGUAAGGCCAACGGCAAGUGCAGGUGCGAGCUACACCAAUAGGCUUUGCUUGAGCUCCAGGCGGUACCAACCCCAGACGUCACCGGUAUCUCUUGUACGGUUCGUACACUUUUGCUGCUGGCUUAGACAUCUAUGUGGUACAACGGUAGGUGUUGCCUAUAAUGCGCUUAUCUAUUUAAUACGAUCCUGAGUCUUCAUUUUUCUUCUUGUUCUACAAGCAACUCAACCUUUGAUUCUUUUAGCCACCGAGUGCUCAGUGCUCUCAACCCUCUACGCAAUCAUCGACCGCAUCCUGGGCAGCUAGUCUACCUCAUGUCUGCUUCAAUCUCACCCUCUCCAGCUCGGACCGGCGCUACAUCUAGUCUGCCCCCGGGCUGGAUAGCUCAUUGGAGCCCUGACCACAACGCAUGGUACUAUACAUUCACCGCCACCGAUACAACGCAAUGGGAGUACCCAGCAGAUCGAACCCAAUACUCUCCAGAGGGAGAGCGCGGCAUCGGAAAGACUGCACUUGCAAUCGGUAGCGGUUACGUUCUCAGUUCUUCCUUGGGCAACAAGGACGACCAUCAUCACCACUCUAGUAGCCUGGGAAAGAUAGCAAUGGCCGGCGCGGAUGCCAUUAACAACAGCAUUGUUAAUCAACAAUCUUCCCCUGGAAGUCAACACUACGGGCCACCUUCCCCUGGAGCUCAACACUUCGGGCCACCUUCUCCUGGAGGACAGAACUAUGGACAACAUCCCCCUGGCGGUCACUUCGCAGCUAGUGACACAAGUGCAGUAGCCCCUAUGGCCAUAACUCCCCAACCUCUCCACGGACCGCCGCUAUAUAUCUAUGGUGCCGCUUUUGCUGACAGGGACGUCACACAGAUAGUCAGAAGUCUCGUCACCUCACAACAAACGCUGACACUUACGGGAGACACACUGGUCCAGAAACUCGGGGAUCCGUGGCCUCAAGUUAGGCGGAAGAUGUUUAGCGUCUUGUAUUCGUACGGUGAUCGAACUAUGGAACUCUUGGCAGCUGUAACAAGUAUGGCUGUUAUCGAGAUUAAGCAUGAAGCUAUAUCGAAGGAGCGGAUGGGAUUCUGUCAUGGCCCUCCAUCACGGGUAAUUGCAUGUGUAUGGGGUGUAGAGAACCCUUUGACCGUGCCGCUACUGGAGCAGCUGGAGAAACAUGGCGAAAUGGAGGGCUCAGACGCGACUCUCGGAGAUGGAGGCUUCUGGCGCGAGCCAAAAACGCUGGUGUGCUAUUAUAGGACCAGGACUGUAGGUGUUGGAAUCGCGUUUUGCAGACAGGGAGGAACGAUUCGGUUGCCUUGGAAUCCACUCGCCAAGUGGUCUUAACUUGAUGGCAAGGUUGCAUUAUGUGUGGAAAUUCUUACCAAGGUU